UCAUUCUACCAUGGGAAUUGAUAAAGAGAUAAUAAAAUAAUAACGAAGAGCAAAAACUGCAAGAGUGAAAUGCCAGAUGGGUCUGAAAAAUUUAGGGUUUUGUUUGUCUUGUUAUGUGUAUAUAUAUAUAGAUAACAAUUGUUUUUAAAUAUAUAGGUUAAUUACUCUUCCACGUGCUUUUGGGGACUCUCUCCUCUCACAGUCCACCCCAUUUCUUGAUAAAAACCUGUAAACUAGUUAUUUUUUAUUUUCACUCAAUUGCAGCCUCUGACCGUCUGUUCCCCUUGUUUUUUUUUCUUCCUCAUUUUUCCAUUUCUCUCUCUGUCUUUGUACCACAAAGUGAGCAAGGCAAAACAAAGCUAUCCAAAAAGCUACCAACCAUUGAAUCAAGGUAUGAGAAAAAGGCAACAAGGGAAAAUAUUUGUUGUUUAGAAUCUUUAGAUUUUGUGGAAAAAAGAAGAUAGCAAUGGAAGGUAUCAAAGUUGUGGGAAUUGGCGGUGGAGGAAAAGUUGGUGUUGAAGACGACAUGGGAGAUGGUAUGCAGUGUAGUGAUCAUCCUUACAGAAAUAACCCAGGUGGGAUCUGUGCUUUUUGUCUUCAAGAGAAGCUGGGGAAGUUGGUUUCUUCGUCUUUUCCUUUACCUGUUCGUGGCUCUUCUUCUUCAUCUUCAUCUCCUUCUUUUAGAUCUGACAUUGGUGGUGUUACUGGUGUAGCUAUCAAUGGUGGUGUCACUGCUACUUCUUCUUCACUUUCUCUCUCUGUUCGGCCCACUGCUGCCUCUAAAAGUAGUCGAAAUGAUAAGGCUAAUGAUCGUCAUUAUAAUCAAGAAUAUUAUACAAGGCGGGCCAGGAUCCCUUUUCUUUUAGCAAAGAAGAAGAAGAAAAUCACGGUGGCAUCAUCAGAUCGUGAGGCGGAUAUUGUUUUCAAGAGAAGCAAGUCCACUGCCACUCCACGAAGAGGCGGCCAUUUCUUAGAUGGUACGACUAUUGGUGAUGGUGAAGAUUUUAGCCCCAGAAAGCGAAGUGGGUUUUGGUCAUUUUUUUACCAUUCUUCUUCUUCUUCUUCAUCUUCAAGGUCAAACACCACAAAGAAAAUGGAUAAGGUCACAGCUAUAACAUCAAAUACCAUAAAUGGCUCUCAUGUGAAGUCAAAAGAGAGAUGCUUGGGAUCUUCCCUUUCAAGGAAAAGUGAUAUUGUUGUCAUUGAGGAAGAUGAUAGUCCCAACAGUCAAGCAUCCGCCUCAGCUUCCUCUUUUGAGCGUAAAGUCUCUAGAUCCAGAUCUGUAGGGUGUGGAAGCAGGAGUUUUUCUGGUGAUUUAUUUGAAAGAAUCUCUACAGGUUUUGGAGACUGCACUCUCAGAAGAGUGGAGUCUCAAAGAGAAGGCAAACAAAAGCAAGUGAACGCCCCUUCAUCUCACAUGAAAGAAAAGGUUAAAUGUGGUGGGAUUUUUGGUGGGUUUAUCAUGACAUCUUCAUCUUCUUCAUCAUCUUCAUCAUCAUAUUGGGUUUCCUCCUCUGCGGAAGAUCAUGUGAAUGGGAAAUCAACAGUCGGUGCAGGCCCUCUCGUUCAUGGGAGAAGUAAAAGCUGGGGAUGGGCUUUUGCUAGUCCCAUGAGAGCUUUCACCAAGCCCUCUAAGGAUGGAAAAAAAGAUCAUAUCAUCAGAGAAGCUGCAAAUAAAAGCACUACCCCAAAUUUAUCAGCCAUUCCUUCAUUGUUGUCUGUGAGAGGCUAAAGAUUACAAAUUUGGGGUCUUGAAAUAUACAUUAUAUCUGGGUAAUUAACAUUUUAUUAUCCGUUUAAUUUCUCUAUGUGUUUAUUAAGUUCAUCAUCAGUAGUGCAGUGCUACACUUUUUUCCUCCUUUUCUCUUUUGUAAUAUUGCUUUGUUUUUCUAUUUGCAAAUGGGUUUCCUUUGACUGGUCUUUUUUUCACCAUUAUUGGUGAUCAGUUGAGAUCAGCUAAGCUAGCUAGCAUUCUCUGAAUCACAAAGUGAAUCUUGCAGGGUGGCAUGAUGAACUGUUUUAAGUGUUGUAGAAGAAGAUUAAUUAUUAUUAUGUUGACUAGUCUCAUGCUGUGAUUUGCUUAGUGGGGUUUUGUUAUCAAUCUGUAUUCUUUAAUGUUGCAUGUUAUGCCAAAGAAAUGUGUUAUUC